AGUCAAAAUUUACCCAGAAAGCGAACAAAAUAAAGAGAGAGAGAGAGAGAGAUGGUAAGACAAAUUCAAUGCUAAAGGGUAGCACUCUUUUUGGAGUUUGGUCAAGUCUUGUGGUGGCGUUUGUGCAAUUUGCAUUCUAAAUAUAAUUCCGAUCCUAUCCGGUUGUUGAAGAGAUUUUGCCAUUCUUUAGUCGCUUAACGCGGUGUGAACUUUUGUACUAUUCCAUUCUUCCAAUUGCACCAAAGCUUCUCUCUGCAAAUUUGCUGAUUGUCUCGCUUUUCUCUCACAUAAGGUGAAAAGGCAGAAACUUUGAUUGGGCAGUGGAAUGGGGGGAGUUUGCGCAGGAGGGACAGCUAGGAAUAGAGCUGAGGGUCGCCAUGAGAGGAGCUCAAAGGGUUCGAAAAAGCCAAAAUCAGUGAAAAAAUCUGGGCAGGAGAAUAAUGAUACCGAUUCUUAUGAAUAUCCCAAUGCAAGUGCUGCUGCUAAGAAGAUGCAGAAUCUAUAUGAUUCUGGUGACUUGCAUUUAUCUAUCUCUAGAGAGUUGAAGCCCUCAACGCCUAUUAGGACAGUUGCUAACAAGUCGCCUCACGGGAGCUCUUUUAUUGGGAAAGCUGGCAUAGUGAGCCUUGAAAAGGCGGUGGAAGUUCUAGACACUUUAGGGAGCAGCAUGACGAAUUUGAACAACAGUGGGUUUAUUACUGGCGCGGGAUCGAGAGGGAACAGAAUAUCCAUACUGGCGUUUGAGGUUGCAAAUACGAUCACCAAAGGUGCUAGUUUAUUGCAAUCUCUAUCUGAAGAAAGUAUCCAGUAUUUGAAAGAGGAAAUUCUACAUUUACAAGGAGUGCGAGAGUUGGUCUCUACGGAUACGAAAGAGCUACUCGCUAUAGCUGCUGCUGACAAAAGGGAGGAAUUUGAUGUCUUUUCUCGUGAGGUGGUCAGAUUUGGAAAUAUGUGUAAAGAUCCACAAUGGCACAACCUGGAUCGAUUCUUUUCAAAGUUGGAUUCUGACCCUGUAAAUAGUAAACAACUCAGAGAGGAGGCUGAAAUGACAAUGCACGAGUUGGCCACUCUCGCACAGCAUACUUCAGAACUGUAUCAUGAGAUGCAUACUUUAGACAGAUUUGAACAAGAUUAUCGGAGGCAAGUUGAUGAAUUACUCUCUUUAAAUCUACCUCGUAAAGGAGAGAGUCUUGAAAUGUUGCACAGUGAGCUUAAACAACAAAGAAAAACUGUGCGGGGCUUGAGGAAGAAGUCUCUUUGGUCUAAAGGUCUCGAAGAGGUUGUGGAGAAGCUUGUUGACAUUGUUACCUUCGUUCAUCAUGAGAUUAACAAUGCAUUUGGAGACAGUGGAUUGAUCUAUGUGGUCAAGGAUACUGCAAAGAGACCAGAAAGAUUAGGAGCAGCUGGUCUGGCUUUACACUAUGCUAACCUGAUCACUAAAAUAGAUAACAUUGCAUCGUGCCCGACUUCCCUACCUCCCAACACGAGGGAUACAUUGUAUAAUGGGUUGCCUUCAGCUGUAAAGGCAGCGCUUCGAUCUCAGCUGCAGCCACUUGACACGAACGAGGAGCUCACUGUUCCUCAAAUCAAGGCUGAAAUGGAGAGAACUCUACAGUGGCUUGUUCCAAUAGCCACUGACACUACAAAGGCACAUCAAGGUUUUGGAUGGGUCGGAGAAUGGGCCAACACCGGAAACGAUUUUGGGAAGAAAGCAGACGUGCAGAGUACCAUAAUCCGGCUGCAGACACUUUACCACGCGCAGAAAAACAAAAUGGACUCGUACAUCCUCGAGCUCGUGUCAUGGCUUCACCGCCUCAUCACCCUGGUGAGAUUCAACGGCCACAGGGCGUUGGCAGGGAGAUCAACGGCUCCUAAAAGACUAGUCCCCCUGCAUCCCGAAACACCACCUAACAGUAACCUGAAAGUACCAAAUGCACAACUUUCUGCAGAAGAUAGAAGAUUGUUGGAAGGAGUGAUGAAAAGCAGAAAGCUUGUUCCUGGACUAAGCAAAAGCCAAGAACUUGUAUCACCCAACAAUAAGAAGAAUCAGAGUUGGUCCCUGAGUAGGAGUGCUGGUAACUCCCCUUGUAAGAAGAUGGACAUCCCAAAGGCUAAUGCCUUGGAUAUUUUAGAUGGUUUAGCUUAGGUUCAACAAUUUGUGUACAAAUCAAGCAUUCUUUUAUACAUAUACAAUCAUACUUGUAUAUUAUCCCUAAAAUUUUUACAUCAUCAUAUUACAAUUCAAGUUAAGUUUGCACGA